AUGAUGUCAAAAGCUUUUUCCAAAGUUAAAGCUGCAAAAGCAGUGGUUUCUAAAGUGCGCCAUGGAAGAUGGUACAAGACUGAAAUCCCUGCUGGAUUAGCUGGUGCUGGGCCUCCUUUAGGACCUCUUUUGGGAUCUAGAGGCGUGAAUGUUCAGCAGUUCUGUAAGGACUUCAAUGAGAGGACCAAGGAUAUGAAAGAAGGCUUGCCUUUACAAGUUCACAUCGCCUUCAAUCCAGACAAGACCUAUGAUAUGAGACUUUUGAUGCCCUGCACUUCUUACUUUGUGAAACAGGCUGCUGGGGCCACUAGGGGAUCUUAUACAGUUGGGAAGGAUGUAGCUGGGAAGAUCACCUUGAGGCACGUGUAUGAGAUUGCCCAGCUGAAAUCGCAAGACAUCACGUUGCAGAUGAUGUCGAUGGAAGAAAUUUGCAAGUGUGUCGUGAAAACUGCCAAAAGCUGUGGAGUGGAGGUGGUUGAAGGAGAUAUAGACCCUGUGGAAUACGAAGGAUUCCUCAAAAACAGGGCCCUGGAGAUCGAGGCCAAGAUUGCCGAGUUGAAGGAACUGAGGGAGACCAAAUGUUCAUGGCCCCAAGAGGCGGAUCAAACUGGGCUGAAGGUGCUGGUGUUUUCUGAUACCCACUUGCUGGGCUCCAGAGAGGGCCAUUGGUUUGACAAAUUGCGCAGGGAAUGGCAAAUGCGCAGGGCUUAUCACACUGCUUUAACUCUGUUCAAGCCCGAGUUGGUGCUGCACAUUGGCGAUGCUUUUGACGAGGGCUUGUGGUGCUCUGACGAGGAAUUCAAGUACCACGUCGACCGGUUCAAUUCCAUGUUUCCUCCCCCUGCGGGUCCAGAGAGCAGAAUUGUAGCCGUUGGCAACCAUGACAUUGGAUCCGGAUUCGGAAGAACGUCACGCAAUAAGAAGCGGUUUGAGGAGGCAUUUGGCGAAGGCCCGGUUCGCAGUGUGAUUUUUGGCAAGACUCGAUUUGUGAUUGUGGAUUCCAUGACACUGGAUGAGACUGGUGCUGGAGCAGAGUUGUUGCAGCGCAUUGCGAGUAACUCAGUGGUGGAACCCGAUGUUGGGAGGCCGGUGUUGGUGACUCACUACCCACUGUUCAGGAAGUCGGAUGAGGCGUGUGAUGAGCCUGAUGGUGCCACUGAACUGGCCAAGCGGAUGCAGUUCGUUGAGGGUGUCCAGGCGCUGAAAGUUGCCACAUCAAAUAUGUUGCUGAAUGUGCUGCAACCAAGACUGGCCUUCAGUGGACAUUCUCACAGUGGCUGUCGCACUUACCAUCCUCGCUCUGAAACUGAGGAAUGGACACUGUCAAGUUUCAGCUGGAGGAACAGGAAUAAUCCUAGCUUUUCCUUAUUGUGGAUAACUGCGGAUAAACACGCUCUGGAAAAGUGUUAUUUGCCGGAAGAAUCGUCUGUGAUUCAACUCUACAUGAUUGGAGCUGUGGGGAUUCUGUGUGCCUUGGCCUACUCGGUGCUGUUUCCUGUGAAGGCGGUGAAGCUGAACUGAAUUGGUUCAGGCACAGUGCGGGAAUGAUGCAACAGCCGGUUUGCGGGAUUAGCUCCUACUAAUCCGCCAGUUUUGAGCGGGUAAAAUGGCCGCUCAUUCGAAUUGUAGCCGUGGGACGAGUGAUGAAACGCUGCUGCUGUGGUUGGGGGAUGACUGCGUCUGUUGUUGUUGCUGCUGCCUGCACUCACUGUGGAAGUUGGCGGCAUGUGACUGGCGUCCCACAACCGGGGUUUCGUCUGCUUGGCCCGCAGGCCGCAAUAAUAGGGGUCGUCCUUUUUCUUGUUGCCUGCUGACGUGCCGGGCACCCUACCAUUCUGUAAAUGUCGAAUAUGAUGUUUAAAAUUAAUUUCUUGUUCAGGGAAAGAGAGAGAGAGAGAGUAUUGCAUUUGUACUACUGUA